UGGCGGCGGUGGCUGUAACUCGGUCCCGGCCCGCGCCCGCGGCGCCCCCGCUGCGGCCGGAGCGGCCUGGCUGCGGGAUCUGAGCGCGGCGAUGGCGCGGCCACCGCAGCAGCGCCUGGGGGCCUGGGCGCCGCUGCUCUUGCUGCUGCUGGAGGGGCCCGCCGCCUGCGCUGCCAGCCCCGCCGACGACGGCGCGGGCCCGGGGGGCCGGGGACCCCGGGGCCGAGCGCAGGGGAACGCGGGCGCAGACGAGUCGGUGCCGCGCCACGACUCCUCCUACGGCACCUUCGCGGGGGAAUUCUACGACCUGCGCUACCUGUCCGAGGAGGGUUACCCUUUCCCAACUGCUCCUCCCGUGGAUCCGUUUGCCAAAAUCAAAGUGGAUGACUGUGGAAAAACUAAAGGAUGCUUUAGAUAUGGCAAACCAGGCUGUAAUGCGGAGACCUGUGACUACUUUCUCAGCUAUCGGAUGAUAGGGGCUGACGUGGAAUUUGAGCUGAGCGCAGACACAGAUGGCUGGGUAGCAGUUGGAUUCUCUUCAGACAAGAAAAUGGGUGGUGAUGAUGUCAUGGCCUGUGUCCAUGAUGACAAUGGCAGGGUCCGCAUACAGCACUUCUACAACGUAGGCCAGUGGGCAAAGGAGAUUCAGAGAAAUCCUGCCAGAGAUGAAGAAGGAGUGUUUGAGAAUAAUCGCGUCACCUGCAGAUUUAAACGCCCUGUGAAUGUGCCCAGAGAUGAAACAAUUGUUGAUCUGCAUUUGAGUUGGUAUUAUCUGUUUGCUUGGGGUCCAGCCAUUCAGGGCUCUAUCACCCGACAUGAUAUAGACUCACCGCCAGCUUCAGAGCGUGUUGUCAGUAUUUACAAGUAUGAAGACAUUUUUAUGCCAUCAGCUGCCUAUCAAACCUUCUCAUCUCCGUUUUGUUUGCUUCUGAUUGUUGCUCUGACCUUCUACUUGUUGAUGGGAACCCCUUAACCACAGCUGCAAGUCCAAGAGAUUAACUGGAUUGGAACAUCUUUAGUAUAAAUAUAUUUUUAGAGAAUAUCCAGUAUAAUUUUAGCUUCAAUUAUUUUUAAAAAAAAACACCUCAUAUGAUUUCACCUUUUUGGAAGACAGAACAAGCUUCUUUUUUAGUCAAAGAGGAUUGUUUAAUAAUGACCCCACGCUUUUUGGAAAGUACUAAAAAGUUUUCUAAGCACUUUCAAAUAUGUUUUCUUAUUUAAACAUGGCUCUGAGUUGGAUUGAUGAAAGUUAUUGUCACUGUACUGAAUGGGAUUUGAGACACAGAAAGGCAGCCUUUUGAUGACCCACACGCCAUGCAGUUUUGGCUGUGUGGUCAAAUAACACGUAACGAGGGAGAGAAAGAGCUAGGUGUAGACUCAUGUCUUUAAACAAUCAUUACUCUGAGUACUACAGCACAAGAGAGUUGCUUUGAGUAUUACUAGGGAGAGCUUCACUGAAUGUCACAAGUUCACAGUUAGCCUUUGGGCAGAAGAAUUUUCAAAAGUACAUAAAGCCUAAGUGUGUUUAUUUACAGUGCCUAGGAGGAGAAUGGGGAAGAUUGCAAUGAUAUAAAAUGAUUCAACUUACUUGAAAUCUCUUCUCAGUUAGUAGUUGUAAGAGAACAUUUUUUAUUUCUGCUUAGAAAGGUUAGAAAUGGAAAUGUGAGUGUUCCUGAAGAUGUACAAUUGUGUUAAUGAUUAAAAAAAGGGAAUUCUUAGCAAUUAGAAUCUGAGCUGUUUGAGUAUUGUAUUUUAUAAACUGAGGUUGUUCUUCUGUGGCUAUAGCUAAUUCUGAUAUCAGAGUCAGUGCACAUUAAAGUAUGAUUAAAUAUGUAUUAUGACAGAUAAAACAUUUUAAUAAAAAUUUAAGGCAUUUUAAUAAUACACCAAUUUUUGGAGAUUGUAGAGAUUUGGAGUAAAAAAAACAUUUUUUUAAUGAAGUGGGUUUUUUUGUUUGUUUAAUUAGAAAAUGGGAAAAUGACCCAUAAGUGAAUUCACCACGAAUAUCCAUUCAAAACGUUCAGGCCUGGCUUGGCUCCUGUAGCUCAGUGGUUACGGUGCCAGCCACAUACACCGGGGCUGCUGAGUUGAGCCCAGCCCGGGUCUGCUAAACAACAAUGACAACUGCAACAAAAAAAAUAGCCAGGCAUUGUGGCAGGCACCUGUAGUCCCAGCUACUUGGGAGGCUAGGCAAGAGAAUCGCUUGAGCCCAAGAGUUUGAGCUUGCUGUGAGCUGUGACUCCAUGGUACUCUACUGAGGGUGACAUAGUGAGACUCUGUCUCCAAAAAAAAAAAAAAAAUGUUUAGGCUUAUAAGUGGCAGUCAGCAUAAUUCAUAAUAAUGCCUUGAUGUAAUGUUGUUUCCUUUUUUCGAAGGAGCUCCAAAGCUCCUUUGUUCCAAAGGUCUGUGCUAAUGGCCCGUUUAGAGGAGAGGAGUCUAUGGGUAUAGUUAUGCUCCUGAGACAUUUCCAUUGUGGCCUUCUAGAGUUCUCUUGCCCUUGUUGCUUUAAAGCUGGCUCCAAACAACACAGGAGAUUGUGAUUUCUAAUCCCAUCCUUGAGAUUCAUGCAAGAGGUGAAAUUCCACCUGGGAGAGAGCUUCCAAAUUCUCUUAGAACUGAACCAAAAUAAGGAAAACACUGAUGCUCUGUGACAUCAUACAGGAGGAGAAACAUUCCUCACUGCAGAUGGGGAGAGAUUAAGUGGCAUCAAGGGAGUGAUGGAACUGGAAGGAAUUUAACAUCAAAUACUCAGCUCUGCUGCACUAAGCCCUCUGGUCAUGGCUAAGCAUGUGUUGUCUUGUCAGCUACAGUGGUGUUUAGUAGUGAAUAGACCCAAUACACAGGCACUCAUGUUGUAAAUAAGAAAGCAAAUAUUUUUAUAUUCCCCUCUCUUACAUGUAUAAUAAUUAAGCUAUAAAUAAGUUAAAACACAAGAGAGACUUCAGCCAGUGGUAGGCACAGAAGGUAUAAAUGAAUAGUGUUUCUUUCUGCUUAGAUCAAAUCAAACUCAUUAUUUCUACUUUGGUUACCAGUUUUGCAUAUUUAUGAUUAGGAUUUUCAGUGGCUUCUCGUUGCCACCAGAAUGCACAGCCUUUUGAUGACUUCCAAUGUCAUCUUUUGCUACUCCUCUUCUCUUGCUAUGUCCCAGCAAGAUUGAAAGGCUCUCAGUUUUUCUGACCUGUUUUCUCUCACCUCUCAUUGUGUUCCCUGUAUUCAGACAGUCUCUGCCUCUUGUGCUUAAUGAACUCCUGCUCAUUUUUCAGGUCACGGCUGAAAUAUUUCUUCCUCGAAUCCCCUGGACUACAUAGAUUUGUGUCCCUUCCAUAGCACACUGGGCUUCCUCAUCAUACGUUAUUAAAAUUGCUGGCUUAUUCUCCUGCUAUCUCCUUAAGGCAGGGACCAUUUCUUGUCACUAAUCAUUAGAGCAGACGCUGCUCCCUAGCAGGCCCUCAGCAAACAUUUGAGGAAUAAAUAAAUAUAUGAAACUAUACUUCUUUGGCAAGUUUGUUCGGUUCAGAAGGCUUGUAUUUCAUGUACAUUACCAGACUGGCUAACAUUUUUAUAUUCUUCCAUCAGAGAUCCAAGCAUAAACAAUUCUUUUAGACAACCCUGAACUUUGUCUUUUGAAAUGUAAAUUGAAAGAUCCUUAAUAACAGUGAUGUUUGGACAUUUUUAACAAUCAUCACUAUGCAGAAGUAACAAUUAAGCCAGGCAUGGUGGCUCACACUUCUAAUCCCAGCAACUUGAGAGGCUGAAGUAGGAGGAUCAUUUGGCCCUAGGAAUUUGAGGAUGCAGUGAGCUAUGAUUGUGCUCUCUGCUCUCCAGCCUAGGUGACGGAGUGAGACCCUGUCUCAAAACUGAAAUUAAAUCAAUUAAUUUAAUAAGAAUUAGCAGGGAAGAGAUGCAGAGCAUCAUUUGACCAUUAUCUCAGAGAACCAUCAAUUGAUAGACAUGUUGAAAACUCUGUAGACCUCACUUUCAUUUAUUCUUACCUAAUAUAAGAGAAUCAACUUCUGUUUUAUCUCUGUAUUCCCAUUUUCUAAUAUACAUCUUGUCCCAGAGAUGUCCAACCAUUGUUUUUUAAUAAAAUGAGCAGAUAGAAUAAUAAUAAUAAUAAUGCUAGCUAAAUGUAUUUAGUGCUAUUCUAAGCCCUUAUACAUGGAUUAAUUUAUUUAAUCCUUACAAUAACCGUAGGAAGAAGAUUCCAUUAUUAAUCCAAUUUUACAGAUGAAAAAACUGAGGCUAGUCAUUUGGCAUAAAUUACCAGUGCUGACCAGAACAUUAGAGAUGAUUGAAUUCACUGCUCCUGUUUUAGAAGGGGACACUCAAAUUGAGCUGGGUGCCUUUUAUUCCCUUUAGUAGUUUAAAAUUAACCAGAGGACUUUUAAUAGUUAUAUUUCGGGCAAAGGAACACAUUUUAGUUUAUAUCAACUUCUCUGCUUAAAAACAUUUUGAUUAUUUGACCCAUCAUUUUAGUGUUUUUAAUAGUUUUUUUUUUUUAACAAUUUAUUUAUUUAUUGAGGAGGGGCUCGCUGUGAACUCCUGGCGUUAAGAGAUCCUCUUGCCUCUGCAUCCCUCAGCUGGGAUGAUAGGAGUGAGCCACUGCAACCCAGUUUAACAAUUUAAAAUGCUUAAAGUCUAGCUCUUCUAACUUGGAGCCCAAUGUCUUUUUGUUGUUCUACUGCAGUCUCAGAGGUGAAUUUAUCAACAUGAUUUCAGACAAAAUGCAGAAGCAUUACCUUACGUUGGCUUUUGUCAAUAAAGAAAUCAGAAAGUUUGGACAAGUUUGGAGUGGCUUUCCAUGCUAGAUGGAAUCUUCUACUUUGUAAUGAAGUUUACUGUCUGUAUUUAGGACUUUGUGCCUAACAUGGAACCAUGGAGGUCGUGUGUCAUUCUUAGCUCUUGCCCUAGGGUCAGCAAACUUUCUCUAUAAAGGGCCAGAUGGUAAAUAUUUCAGGCUUUUCAAUCUCUGUUUCCACUGUUUGGCUCUGCCGUAGACAAUAUAUACAUGAAUGAGCAUGGCUGGGUUCCGAUAAAACUCAAUUGACACUGAAGUUUGAAUUUCGUGUAAUUUUCACGUAUUACAAAUGUUUCCCUUUCGAUUUUUAAAAAGAAAAACCAUUUAAAAUGCAAAGGUCGUUUUUAUUCUGCAAGCUGAGAAUGGUCUUUGCAUUUGGCACAAAGACAGGAAGUGGGCUGGGUUUGGAUUGUGGACUGUGGUUUUCCCAUCCUUGUUCUGGGACACACCAAAGUAUCAUGAUCAGUUGCAAAGGAUACUGACAGUAACUCACUACUGGCUAACUGUAAAAAUAUUGAAGUCAGUGAAUAAUUUGCUUUUACAAUAUUAUCGAUUAAUUGUUGUACAUAAAUGGCAUAAUGGCAUUCUGUGCAUUUGCAUUUGAAUAUAUUUUCUGAAGUUGAUGCAAGAGGUGGUGGUAAAGUACCGAACUGCUAAGCAGCAGUUUUGCCUUACCUUAGUGUGGUGAUUGUGAACACCUUUUACUCCCGAAUUGCUCUCUCUGGUAAGGGUUUCAAUGUUUCGGAGUAAUUCAUUUCCCUGUAGAUUUUUUUUUUAAAGUUUUAUCAAAACCUGCUGCACCCAUGGGAGUGUUCUAUGCAUGUGACAUGGCAUCUAUCUUAUGUAUCAUUAUGGAAAAAUGUUCGAGAACCACUGCACUAAGCCAAAUGCUGAGAUGUGCGUGCUUUGUUGUUGUAUGGGGGGCCAUAAAGUUUGUGUGCCAUUUUAAAAUAGUUGGCUGUUUUAAAUUGCACAUGGGCUUUAUGGCCACCCUGUAUAAUUUAUGUCCUUGUUCUCUAAACAGCUAUGUUUAAUGAACAGUUUCGUGGUUCUCAGUGUGUAUAUACACAAAUGGUUCCCAACUUACAGUGGUUCAACUUAGGAUUUUCUGACCAUAAAUGAUCUGAAAGCAAUAUGCAUCUGGUACAGUCCUCAACUUAUAAUGGGGCUGCGGUCCAUCAGACCCAUUGUAAAUAAAAAGAAAUUGAGAUUCACAGUAUUUCCUAUUUAUGAUUGAUGGGUUUAUUGGGAUGUAGCCCCAUCAUAAGUUGAGGAUCAUCUGUCUAUUGGUACCUACAUGAUGGUGUAUGUUUAUACAUAAAUUCCUGUACAUAUACCCCACAAGCAUUUGAAGGUCAUUAUGAAGGUUGUUUCUGUAUCUGAUCUCUUGAAUACUUUAAAAUCCAAGAGAUAAAACAUAUUAUAGGCAAAACUACCCCUGAGUUUAUAGUAAUUUAGUUUGUAGAAAGGAUUCCUAGAUAUUUUAUUAAGUCUUGCCUCCUCCAUCCAACAUCGUAUGAGUGUUAAGAGCAUAUGAAGUAUCAUUGUCAAAUUUGACUUUUCUAUACUCUUAGUUAAGAAACCAAGACUAGUAUUAGGUGAGUAAUUGGCAUGUUGAUGUAACCUGUACACGUUUCAUAUUUAAUUAGAUUCCUUAUUCCUUUAUUCAAUUUACAAUUAUUUAGUUUUAAGUUGGACCUCUUUGUUUUAUAUUUAAUAGAUGACUUGCAUAUGAGUUGUGUUUCACAAAAGCAGUGGCUAGGCUAAUGUAAUUUUAAAUAUGUUUGGCAACUGAAAAUAUAACCAAAUCAUCAAGCUAUUUGAGAUUUUUGGCUUAAAAUAUACUGAUGCCUGAUUAAUGCUUUCCCUUAGAUAUUUACUAUUGGGCUAAUAGCUAUUCAGUUUGAUUCUUCUGGAGAGUAAUUGAUGCUGUAAGAUUAUGGGGUGCUGUGGUGGGUGUGGCAUUCACCCAGGUCACUAGAAUCCUUACUGUUUCAUCACAUGGAAGGCCCUGGCUACCGGAAGAGUGAAUGCAGCUUCUCCACAUGCCUUAUUCCCACAGAUGUGCUGAUUUGCUGGAACAAUCUGGCUCCAGGAGUAUUAAUAUACUUUUUUGAAACUGUCUACAAAAAACGAUUUUGUAAAAACUAUGCCUUUAAAUAGACAUCGAUGGGUUAUAUUUUAUUUUAUAAUAAUUGUGUAUCUAAUGUUCAAUUGUGAUUGAUUUUGAGAUUUAUGUAUGUUUAUAAGCCUGUCCUUUGUGAAUUUUUACUCUAAGAUGUAUGGAAAAUUACUGACACAGACAAGGAUUUCUAUUUAUGUAAAUUAAUUGUAGCAGUAUUCCUUGAUGCUACCUAAAUAACUGUUCUCUCCAUUUGCCAUCAUGCUUUUAUCUUUUGAUGAUUAUGUUACAGUCAGAAUAUAUUAACUAGAUUUAAAUUUUAAAAUAUAAAUUCUCAACAUAGUUUGAAACUCUUCCUGUUGAUGUAAUUAAAGUUAGUUUAUAAUUCCUU